UAAACAUUGUCUCGCUAUGGCUGCAGAAGAGCUCGAUCAAAUCCAUGUCGUUGAAAACUUGUCCAACCAAGCCCUGCAGGAGUAUGAGGGCCUGCAGAAGAGGCACGAGACAGCAGCCAUGGAGUGCAAGAGGCUGGAGGAGGAGAGAGACAAGGCCAUCAAGAAGCUCAAUGAGUUCCAGCAAGUUUCUCAGAUGGUAAUUGAAGAGGUCAACGCCAUUCAGGAGGACCUGGUGAUCGAGAGGACAUGUAGAGAAAGUGCUGAAGCCCUGGCCUCCAAGUUGAACCGUCAGAACCGCUCUCUGAAGAGGAAGAGCAUGAUGCUGUUACCCCUCCUCGGCCCAGAGGCCAUCGCUGAGAUCAGCCUGGACGAUGAAGAGGAGAACGAGAGUGAAGAGCUACAUGCAGCUAGCAUGGUCUGCCUCUCUGCCCAGUGCCAGACCACCAUCUCAGAGCUACAAAAUAAGUUGGACAAACACCCAGCUGUCACUGAUCUGGAAGCAGUGAAAGAACAACUGAGGGAAACCAGGGAAGAACUGCUGAAAGAGAAACACGAUAACACUGUUUUAAUUGCUGAGACGGUGCGGCAAAAGAAACUCCUGGGGAAAUAUAACAGAGUCUCUCAUUUUGCCGUGGAGGAAUAUGAGGCCUUACAGGACACCUUGAACCUGGAGAGGGACCUGAGGACAGAGGCAGAGAGCUUUGCCAGAGCGAUGGUGGUCAAGCAAACAAAGCUGAAGAGACAGAGUCAGAUCCUGAUGCAAAGCUCCUCGCCUAGUCAAGCUCUACAGGAAGCCCUCAGCCAGGUCACCGGACUGACCCAGGAACUGGAGUCACAGAGGCUGAAGCACCAGAGCCAGAUGAAGCAGAUGGAGGACAGGCUGCGGAGCUGCGAGGCUCAGAGGGAGCUGACAGCAUUGAGGCGUAAACUGGAGCUCAUGGAGGAGGAGAAGAGAGAGUACAGUAAAAAAUGCUCCAAGGCUGAAGUGGAGGUCAAGGAUCUGCGGAGUACAGUUGAGGAGCUCCAGAAGAAGCUGCAGGCAGCUACCAACCCGCCCCCAGCUCCGGCGCCUCCCCCUCCCCCACCACCUCCACCCCCUCCAGCCCCAGCUCCAGCCUCCAACGCGCUCAGCGCGCUGUUGUCAUUGAUCCGAAAGAGACCAGACAUCAGUACCGACAUCCCACUGGUGGUCCAGGACUCAGCCAAGACACCAGAAGUGGACAUCAGGCAGCAGGCAGUGGAGGAAAUGAUGCACAGGAUUAAGAGAGGCGUUCAGCUUCGACCUGUCAGCCAGUCACCUAACCGAACCAGGAGACAGAUGGAGAGGCUGCCCUCCAAUUCUGCCAUUCAGGAACUUAAAGGAAUCAUGGAGAACUUUGGUAGAGCCUCCCCCCAACCGAAGGCAGCGUCUCCGUCACCGAGCGGCGACGAGCAGCUGCAGAGGAUCCUGCUGAGACGCCGCGAUGCCCUGGAGUCCCAGCACCCUGCCAGUCUCCAUCCCAUCCUGUCCCCUGCUGUGUGAAGGGGGCCCCGGGCUGAGCUUGGCCUUGACAUCAGCAUCCACCCAUAGAGACAGGAUGCAGGAGACGGAAGAUCACAUGACACAAGAUCAAUGUCUAGCAUUUCAUUUGACUGCGUGACAAAUAAUCAAACCGUAUUAUGAGGAGUGAGUGAUACCGUCAGAUGGUCCUGAUCAGUCGCCCCUGAACUAAGAUCACAAGUGUGUCAGUGAUUUAUGUUUUAUGUUUUUAAUUUGUUUAUUAUUGUUUUUUUUAAUUGU